AUGGCUUUCUUAGACUGCAAAAAGGCAAUGGACUAUCUCUCCACCUACAAAGAGAAAGAUGGUCUUUCCGUUAAGGAUUUGAUGAACUCUAAGGUCAACGGCGGUUUGACUUAUAACGAUUUCUUGAUUUUGCCUGGAAAGAUUGGCUUCACAUCUAAGGAUGUUUCUUUGGACUCUAAGCUUACCAAGAACAUUACCUUGAGGACACCUUUCAUAUCGUCUCCUAUGGAUACCGUUACCGAGUCUGAUAUGGCCAUCAAGAUGGCUCUUUCGGGUGGUAUUGGUUUCAUUCACCAUAACUGCGCACCUGAGGAGCAGGCCAAUAUGGUUAGAAAAGUUAAAAAGUACGAGAAUGGUUUCAUCAAUGACCCAGUUGUUAUUUCCAAGGACCACACCGUUGCCGAAAUAAAGGCUCUCGGCAAGAAGCUUGGAUUCACCUCCUUCCCUGUUACUGAGAACGGUAAAGUCGGAAGCAAGUUGAUUGGUAUCGUCACUUCGAGGGACACUGAAUUCCACGAAGGUGAUCAAGACCCAAUCGCCGACAUUAUGACUACCGACCUCAUUACUGGCAAGUACGGUAUUUCUUUGGAAGAAGGAAAUAGAAUUUUGAUGGAGUCUAAGAAGGGUAAAUUGCCAAUUGUCGAUGAUGCUGGAAACUUUGUCACCAUGCUUUCUCUUACUGACUUGCAGAAGAACCAGAAGUUCCCAUAUGCUUCGAAGUCUCCACAUUCCAAACAGCUUCUUUGUGGUGCUUCUAUUGGUACCCUGGAGGUCGACAGAAUUCGUCUUGCCAAAUUGGUUGAGGCAGGUGUUGAUGUUGUUGUGAUCGACUCCUCCCAGGGAAACUCUGUCUUCCAAAUUGAGAUGAUCCAGUUCAUAAAGUCCACCUAUCCAAAAUUGGAGGUCAUCGCCGGUAAUGUUGUCUGCAGAGAGCAGGCCGCUGAGUUGAUCGCUGCUGGUGCCGAUGCUCUUAGAAUUGGUAUGGGUUCUGGUUCCAUCUGUAUUACCCAAGAGGUUAUGGCCUGUGGAAGACCUCAAGGUACCGCUGUUUACAACGUUUGCGAGUUUUCCAAUAAAUUUGGUGUUCCAUGUAUCGCUGAUGGUGGGAUCCAGAACAUUGGUCACAUCAUUAAGGCUAUUGCCUUGGGUGCUUCCUGUGUUAUGAUGGGUGGUUUAUUGGCCGGUACCACUGAGACUCCAGGUGACUACUUCUACAGAGACGGUAAGAGAUUAAAGCUCUACCGUGGUAUGGGAUCUAUCGAUGCUAUGCAGAAGACUCAUCAGAAUGCCAACGCCUCCACCUCAAGAUACUUCUCUCAGGGUGAUAAGGUUUUGGUUGCUCAGGGUGUCGCUGGUUCUGUUGAGGAUAAGGGUUCCAUCGUCAAGUUUAUUCCAUACUUGUUCAAUGGUCUCCAGCAUUCUUGCCAAGAUAUCGGUGUUCGGUCUUUGGCUGCUCUUACUGAAGAGACUGCCAAGGGUACUGUCAGAUUUGAGUUGAGAACUCCUUCUGCCCAGUACGAGGGUGGUGUUCACAACUUGCACUCUUACGAAAAGAAACUGCACAACUGA